AAAAAUUAUCAUGGUUCCCUGUUUUAAAUAUAUGAAUAGGAGCAAAUGUUUAAUAAAGGUUCUUCAUCGAUCUAACGUCAGAACCAGAUAUUCAACAUGGCAGAGUAUCUCGCAUCGAUUUUUGGAACAGAAAAAGACAAAGUUAACUGUUCCUUUUACUUUAAAAUUGGAGCCUGCCGACAUGGAGAAAGAUGUUCACGUCUUCACAACAAACCAACUUUCAGUCAGACUGUUGUUAUGAUCAAUGCCUACCUGAACCCACAGAACGCUGCCCUCACAGCUGAUGGCUCACAUAUCCAUAUGGAUGAAAUUGAGAUCCAACAACACUACGAUGAAUUCUUUGAAGAAAUCUAUGUAGAAAUGGAGAAGUAUGGUGAAAUAGAAGAAAUGAAUGUUUGUGACAACCUUGGAGAUCAUUUGGUUGGAAAUGUAUACAUCAAGUUUCGUUAUGAAGAAGAUGCAGAGAAAGCUGUGAAUGAUUUAAACAACCGUUGGUUCAAUGGCCGACCAAUCCACGCUGAAUUGUCACCAGUAACAGACUUUAGAGAAGCUUGCUGCAGACAGUAUGAAAUGGGAGAAUGUACCAGAGGGGGCUUCUGUAACUUCAUGCAUCUGAAACCAAUUUCAAGAGAACUGAGACGAGAGCUAUACGGCCGUAGUCGUAGGAAGAGAAAGUCAAGGUCUAGAUCACCACCAACAAGAAGAAGUCGCAGUAGAAGUGCAGGCAGGGAAAACCGAGGAAAACGAUCAAGGAGUAGGGAGCGUAGGUCAAGUAGGUCAAGAAGUCGUGAACGUGGGGGAGGAGGAGGAGGUGGAGGAGGACAUCGUCGGGAUAGAGACCGACAUGGAAGAUAUUGAACGGACAAAAUCUCAAAUGAUGGAUUUGAAAUUAACAGCAAAAAGAAUGAAGACGUUGAAUAUUUUAGUCUGUUUUUUAUAACAUGUUAUUUUCACAUUGAAAUCAUUACAUUAUGUUACAACAUUAUCAUUAUUAUGGUGAAAAUUCAAAAAAAUGUUCCAAUAAAAUUGUUUUUUAUCAUUAAAAAGGUUUUAGGAUCAAAUUUUAAAAAGCCAAGUGUUAUUGUAAGUCAUUCAUAAUGUACAUAAACAUGUUUUUCACAAUAAAACAAAUACAAGUUGUUUUUAUCUUA